AUAAUUCUCUGCGAUUCACUUAGUUUUAAGUGCUUCUCUUCUUAGAAAAAGAAAACAGCCUCCUUACAAAGACAGAACAAAUAAGCUCGCGUCAAUGGGGGUGGAAGAAGAGAAACCUGCAGAGGAGAAGAAAAUGGAGGAAAAAGAGCCUGAGAAAGAUGGAAAGAAAGUAGACGAAGAAGCUGCUAAAAAGCCAGCAGAGGAAAAUAAAAGGGAAGAAACAAAGGAGGAAAUGCCGCCGCAAGAGAUCAUCUUGAAGGUUUACAUGCAUUGCGAAGGCUGUGCUCGGAAAGUUCGCCGGUGUCUCAAGGGUUUUCAAGGGGUUGAAGAUGUAACGACGGAUUGCAAAAGUAAUAAAGUGGUUGUGAAAGGAGAGAAAGCCGAUCCUUUGAAAGUUCUCGAGAGAGUUCAAAGGAAGAGUCAUCGGAAAGUGGAGCUUCUUUCACCGAUGCCGGAGGAGAAAAAGUCGGAAGAAAAAGAUAAACCCAAGCCUGAAGAGAAGAAAGAAGAGCCGGUGCCGAUCACGGUGGUUCUGAAAGUUCACAUGCAUUGUGAAGCUUGUGCUCAGGAAAUCAAGAAACGGAUCCAAAGAAUGAAAGGGGUUGAAUCAGCUGAACCAGAUCUAAAGAGCUCCGAGGUGACGGUGAAGGGAGUUUUCGAACCACCGAAACUGGUGGAGUACGUGUAUAAGAGAACCGGGAAGCACGCAGCGAUAGUGAAGCAAGAGCCGCCGCCGCCUCCGGCCGACAAGAAAGAAGGAAAAGAAAAACCCAACGAUGGCAACAAGGAAGAGAAAAAAAGUGGAGGAGAAGGCGGUGAGAAACCGAAGACAGAGUCCGGCGCUGAAGAGGAGAACAAAGAUAAACAGGACGAAGGUGAUAAAACCACGGAAGACAAAGCAGCAGCCGCGGAAGAAACGCCGGCUACGGCGCUGGAAGGCGCGACGGAGGAGACGAAAGUGGCGGUGGAAGUGAAGAAAAACGAAUACUAUUACUACCCGCCAAGGUAUGCUACGGAGUUUUAUCCGUAUCCGCCCCAGAUCUUCAGUGACGAGAAUCCUAAUGCUUGUACUGUCAUGUAAAAACAUGGAAGAUUGAGGGGCAUUGUAGGGAUAGAAAAAGAAAGAAAACAACAUUGAGCCAUCUUGUUCUUCAGAUUGUACUACUUAAGCUCUGCUUAGUGGCUGUAAUAUUAUUGGGUAAAAAGGGUAUAAUCUACAGAACUAUCUGUAGAAUUUUGUUA